CAGAAUCACUUUUCCUCAGUUCUGCGUUCACUUUCUGCUGUGUUCCUGCUCAAAUGGCGACUCUCAUGUUUAUCAAUAGAAUUUUGAGAAAAGCUGCGACACAGAAGCGGUCAUACAGGAAGUGGAGAGACUGAUUUCGGUCCUCAGCUUUCCGCUCUGGACAGCAGCAGGUUUACCGUGGUAUCGUGGGACCCGCGGGGUUACGGACGCUCUCGGCCUCCAGACAGAGACUUUCCUCUUCAUUUCUUCCACAGAGAUGCUAAAGACGCUGUGGAUUUAAUGCAGGCUCUGGGCUUCAGGCGUUUCUCUCUGUUAGGCUGGAGUGACGGCGGCAUCACGGCUCUGAUCGCGGCCGCUUUAAACCCAACACUCGUCAAUAAGCUGGUGGUUUGGGGCGCCAACGCUUUCGUCUCCGAAGAAGAUAUUCAGAUCUAUCAGUCGCUGCGUGACGUGUCGCUGUGGAGCGAGCGGAUGCGUCGGCCGAUGGAGCAGAUGUACGGUGCUCAGUAUUUCAAGCAGACGUGGGAGAGAUGGGUGGACGGCAUCAGCCAGUUUAUAAACAAGCCACAAGGCAGCAUCUGUGUGGACUUGCUGCCGCAGAUCUCCUGUCCCACACUGAUCCUCCACGGGGCCCAAGACCCGGUGGUGCCCGCAUAUCACCCUCAGCUGCUCCAGGAUAGCAUCAGCGGCUCCAGGCUUCAUGUGUUUCCGAAGGGGAAGCAUAACAUUCAUCUGCGCUACUCUGCUGAGUUCAACACACUGGUGGAGCAGUUUCUCAAUGAGUGAAGGAGAUCACAGCCAUCGGAUGUCCUGAAAACAAGGUGUUUAUUUGUUUACUGGUGUUUCCAUUAAAGGAUUGUCGCCAUUUGAUCAUCUGUAUGCUUUCAGUUUAAAAUCUGUGUGAACCGGAAGACUUUUUUCCCCGGUCUGAUGAUGUAUUUACAACUCAAAUGGAAUAUUGAGUAGGGGGCAGGACUUUAUUUUGGAGCUCCGCCUUUUAGCUUUAGUCACAGUAAAAUUAAAAGAUUGGAGGGGCGUGGCUCGGCAUAUUUCAGCCAAUCAGAGUCUUCAGAGAAGUACUGCUGUUACAGAGCAGAAGCAGAUGAGCAGAUUUUGAUUUAAGAUUACUGAAACAAACUCUUUAUUUCAGUGGAUUAAUUUAGGCAGAUAAAUUAUUUAUUUUUAUAGUAAUAAUAUGCACUAGAAAGAUAAACAUUGUUCAUUUUGAUUUCAUGUGUACUAUCCUUUUAAGGACAAUAAAGUUGACUGCUACUAC